CCUGAAGGGCAAUAUUCUUGCAAGAGCUCUUCUUAGUGCUCUCCUUUCUCCUUUUUCUCUCCUUCAAUAAUUCUCUUACAUAUCCAGGAGAUAGGCAAUAACCAUUAGGAGGAGAAGGGUCUUGGCUAGCUAUAAAAGCACGCAUGGACAGCCUUGAAGAGAAGGUUUCUGUGUUCUUUCAUGAAGAUUUUGCUGAUGAGGAGUCUGGUCGCUCUAUGGAGGAAGAAGACGACUACGAGUCUGACAACAACUUGCAUGACCCCAUGGAAAGAUCCUUGUAUUGGGAAUCACAAGACGCCUUGCUUCAGGGAGUUUUGGAGCGCUAUAGCUCUAUCGGCUCAAAGUUACGGCAAGAGGUUAGCAGAGUUAUAGGGGUAGCAAAAGAGAGUGAUUGUUGCAAUUGCAUGAAGCCCACUGAUGGCUGCACUAACUGUUUAAGACAGAGGGUUGUCAAUUUGCUCACCCAAAAUGGAUUCGAAGCAUCUCUUUGCACAUCGAAGUGGAAAAACACCAGAAAGCAUCCAGGAGGAAAACAUGAGUACGUAGAGAUAAUUGCAGGCACAAUGGGACGCAAGAAGCCAAUCCCAUAUCUGAUUGAGCUUGAAUUCAGAGACCAGUUUGAGAUUGCCAAAGCAAGUGAUGAAUACCGCAAUCUUGUGGCAUUACUGCCAGAAUACUACGUGGGGAAAGCUGACUACCUCAAUGCCAUUGUUGGCAUUCUAUGUGAUGCAGCAAAGAGAUCAAUGAAGGAGAAGAAAAUCCAUAUGGGACCAUGGAGAAAGAGGAGCUUCAUGCAGAUGAAAUGGUCAAAUUGUUCUGAAAGACGAUCUGUUGACAAGCCUUCAGGCAAAUCUUUUUCCUCCUCCAGACAAGCACAUGAAUCCUGCUUGCAAUUGUCUGCUGCUCCAGCUUUGACUGUCACUUAGUCAUAGAAAGUGAACCCAUUUUCCUCUCGUUAGAAAUCUUUUUUGACCUCUACGAGUGUAUAAUGCCCACCUAUGUAGGAUUAUUAUGUGAGAAGUGUUUUUAGUUGUAUAAUUUUGCGGCUAUGGCUGAGAUGCUUAACCUAGGCAGACCCCAGUGCCAAGCUCUCUACAAGGGAUGUGCUAAUACUAUGUUUAUAUCAGAAAUGUAUAGCGUUCAAGUUUGAAUGUAUUA